CUGAAGUAUUGAAAUCUCAUCAAAUAUGGCGACUUCGGGGUGACUGUGUUCAAGGAAGAUUGUUAUGAUGCUGUGAUUCUUUCUCUUCCCUUUGGAUUUUACUACAUUACAUGGAGUUCAAGUUAAUAUUUAUGUUCUAGAAGAUGGCUGCUGAUUCAGGCAAGCCGACAAGUAAAGUUGACAUGCGUGAAGGUAAAGACAAAGAUCAGGUGGGCCGCCUCAAGAAGCUCAGACGCCGCAUCUCCGCCAGCUUUGGUCGACUCUCAAUCAGCAAAGAGGACACGAUACAAGAGAGUGACCACGAAGAGGACCCCCAUGUGUUCUCGUCUGAAGUGGUGUCGACCAAUGGCUACUACCCUCACAAGACACGCUCCGCCCCCGACACGCCCCCUACCGUCAACGGCAGUCACCAAGUGAGUAACGGGGAGCAUAGGGAGGCAGCCUCCACCAUGGGCCGGACCAGCACCGGCGCCAAGCAGGUCGUCAUACCCAGGAACCCAGCUGUCGUUUUUUUCUCCAGGGAUCUGAAACCACAGAAUUUGUUGAUCAGUGAAAUAGGAGAGCUCAAACUGGCCGACUUUGGUUUGGCACGAGCAAAGAGCAUACCUAGUCACACGUACUCCCAUGAAGUGGUCACACUGUGGUACCGGCCGCCGGAUGUCUUGCUGGGUUCUACAGAGUAUUCCACGUCACUGGACAUUUGGGGUGUGGGUUGUAUUUUCACGGAGAUGAUCUCAGGGAAGGCCACGUUUCCAGGCACCAAAGACGUGCACCAGCAGGUCCAGGAGGGCGGGGAGAGCACGGCCCCGGGCAUGAAGGACAUCUAUGACCAGCUGGACAAGAUCUUCUUCUUCAUGGGCACUCCGACAGAAGAGACGUGGGAGGGCGUCUCCAAGUACCCUAACUAUGACCUCUCCAAAGUCCUGAAGCAUCGGCCUCACCCGUUCAUGCUGUUUGUGCCUGGGAUUGUGGAUCUGCCCCACGCCGAGUCUUUGGCCGAGUCGCUCAUGCAGAUGCCUGCUCACAGGCGAAUCUCAGCACAUGCAGCUAUGAAGCAUCCUUUUUUCCAAGACUUGCCCCCAGCAAUACACAAGCUUGGAGACACCACAUCAAUAUUCAACAUUCCUGGCCUACAACUCCAAAGAGAAGAUGGAAAUCCGAGUGUUGCGAAGAGACGUCACUCGAGCCGGCGCGGCAUUCGCACUGUGUUGAAGAUGUGACGCAGUCUGAGGCGGGCCCAAGGCUAGUGUGCUCAGUCUGGAAGGUGUUGUGAAUUGUGGCUGCUGGUCUGUCAGCGAGAGAGAGAGCAAUGUUUUGCCGUCCAGAGUACAAGGUAGAAGAGAUUAUAUUGUCAAGUUUGCUUCUCCCCGAGGACUUGAAAGACUCCAUAAUCUCUACAAAGCUGUUGCUGCAGCUGAUGAUCCACUACUGGAUGCACAGUGGUUUAGCCAAGUGCACAGCCUUUUCUUGCAGAGUUUAUGUACAAAGAAUCAUAAUGUGUUGAUAGACAGCAAGAAGUGGUGACAUAUUCAGUCUGGACAGUCAGAUGUUGUGAAGAAAUUGCAUUUCCGUCAAUGACAAAGUGGAAUUAUUCUCUAAGGAUCUGGUCAUCUUGGGAGAGCUUUCCUUAAUACAGAUACUGUCGUCCCGUGAUCUGUGGAAAUUUUCACGUAUUCUAACGGUGAAAGCUUUCCUGUGGAUGUUGUUUUAUUUGAUGUACCAGAAUGCUUAAUGCUUAAUAGUUGUGGAUCAACUUGUAUGUAUGAGUAAUUUGUGCAGCUUUUUUUGUCAGCUUUUGAUGAUGUAAGCAGUGUCGUUGAUCUUGUUUGCGCUCUUAUGCGUCCAUGUAUUUGGUUGUUGAAUGAACAGUGGGCAAAUGUGCUAUAUGAGGGAGACAGUAACUGUUAAAGAAUGUGUUGUGUGAAGGAUAUAGGGACAGUGGAAGAAUGCCCAGGGAAUAGUCCUCCUGUUGCUUACAUAUGCCCAUAGUGUAAAGAGGUUUGGAGAAAAGAGUCCACCCUCUCUGGUUAAUCACUAAUGUAAGCUGCUGUUUGUCUUGACUCGUAAGCUGCUGUUUUUGUUACAUUGACUGCCUUGUCAAGGUGGAAGGCAGAAAUGCAGUACUGUGUGAGUGGGAGGUGAAAUCUUACCUAUAACUUGAACCCUCCUUCUUCCUUGAGUCCUCUGUAGGUACCUUAGAGAAGGUCAGAUGGGAAUUGAGAGGAGGGCGUAGAUGGAGGGGGAAGUGGAAAGCUCUCAUAUAGUUUAUGUUUUGUUUGCUCUUUUAUUGCCCACCCUUCGGAUAUCUAAGUGCAAUUAAGUUCUACAAGAACUGGCCAAAAAUACUGUGCACUCUGAUUUCGGAAGAUCUGUAUCUUUUAUGACAUGGCUUCGAGUCAUAGAGGGCUAGCUUGAAAGACUUGCUGGAUGGGGAUAGUAAAGUUGUGUGUGUGGAAGACGUUUUGGGAGGAGAUAAAAAGUGCUGUCAAAAAGUGGAUCAACAAAGUGAUGGGUCAAGAUUCAUGUACUUUUUUAACGAUGAUUUUUAUUAGAAGAAAAAGUGUUGUGCGAAAGUUUGUAUUAAGGGUAACAGGGUAUAUUGUGAAUUGAUGAUCCGAGAAGAGAAGUAGGUAAAUCCAGAAAGACAGGUCGGUUUAGUCCUUUUUUUUUUUCAUGAGUUUUCCCUUCUACUCUAAUGGAGAUAAUACAAGUGCUUCUUUUGUGCCAUACAUGUUAGUGGAUCAAGGAUAGUUUUGCACAACCCCCCCCAAAAAAAACAACAACAAACAAAACAAACAACAAAACAAAACAACUCCAACCAAACAAACCAGUGACCGUUUAGAUCCAAGGAUGAUAUCUGAGGAUGCUAAACCAGUGACUGGGCUCAGUGUGCGCCAAAGGCUAACCAGUUCUGUUGUAUGCCCACAAUGAAUAGAGUGAGACAGACUCGGCUCAUGCUUCUUUGUAAAUGGGUUCAGUUUACCUAACUACUGCUCUGAAAGAUCUGACACUUUGUAUGGAGUUGUGAAAAAUGUUGCAGAAAUUUUUCUGUUGAUCUAUGGACCCGUUGUCCCAAGACAGUAAGUAAUGAGGCAGAUCAGACAAGGUGUGAGAUGACAAAAUGGGAAAUAAAGAGUACAUAUCGCCAUUGUCAUCACCCCCCCCCCC